UAUUUUCUUGAUCAAGUUCCCCUUUACUUUUGUUGGGGCAACUGACGAAUUUCUUUCAAUUGGCAUGUGAUCGCAAGCGUCAGAGUAUGAAGCUCUAUCCUUUCUUCUUUUCGAGAUUUCAUGUCUCUCAUUCCAGACUUGUUGCAAGUUGUGAACCAGUUCUCAACUCGGCUUGCUAUCUACCAAGCUACAAUUUUUUCAUCAUACCUUCUCUCAGCUCCUCCCUUCUCACUCCAUCUCAUGCUGACUCCCUAUCUUCGGAAGGGCAGGGCUUGUUCAUCGUCUUAUCCCUCCAUGGGACAUCUGAUGUUCUUUUUGUUCUUAUCGGGCAUACUUACAUUAGGGAGGGGGCAUUUUGAUUUUUUUUUCUUGGCUAGUCGAAGCUGGUGGUUGCUGUCGGUUUUCAUGGACUGGAGGCUCUUUCUGACGAAUCUAGCAUGAAGUCUUUCUAUGGAUACUGAAACAGCCGCGUACGGCUGCAAUGGAUGUACAUUCUGCGGCACUACUCUUGACAAGCCUGCAAUUCCCACGUAAGACAUUGUACUUGCACACUUAUGUCUCGUCGGUUUGUGCAGCAACCAAGGAAGUAUGUACCAGUAUUGAUCAUAAGGUUCACG